AUGGGUCCAACGAAGUUAAAACGACUGCAGGAACAAUAUAAAGACGUGCAUCUUGUUAUUAUUGAUGAGUUUAGCAUGGUAUCAUGCGAGAUAUCUAUUUUACCGGAGAUUCUGCUCAGUUAG